AUGGAGAAUCAAAGGAAGAGAAGAGAAUCAUUAACAUAUUGGCUGCUGGUGCUAGGUGUGUUUGCUUUGAAUGAGCUAAAAGCAGAGGAAAAAAAAACUAGUAAGGCACAAGAACCUACUCUUGUGGAAAAAAACCCCGAAGAACCCAAAACACUGCAAGGCCACCACAUACAUGAGAUGCUUUCCACUGGAGUGGGCACAAAAUAUUCUCUCUUCAACUUCAGCAUAAUUCAUGCUAUUGAUGAUGUGAAGGUAUACUACUAUGAUAAAGAGAAGAAAACUGUUUUCGGUAAAGCAUGGAUCACUGAAGCACUAGGGAAAGACUACAUUGAACAUAAGAAGGGAAUUAUUGCAAACUUGGAGAAGGAUUUCCAGUGGCUCCUAAAGUUCUUUAUACAGAAUGUCACCAAGAGUGAAAAGAAUCACACCAUACAGUUAUUUGCAGACUGUGAACUGGAUAAUGACAUUGAGAUGGACAACCAUAUUCAGUUUGCCAUGGAUGGUGAAGAUUUUAUGAAGAUAGAUAUGCAGACUAAGCACUGGAUUGCCAUGAAACCUGAAGCAGAGUACUUAAGACCCUUAGCAGAGACUAUGAUGGGCAUCAAAAGGAUAGAGAAAGUUAUGGAGCUAUAUUGUUUUGUCAUGAUGAGGAAAAUUCUGCAGUACUCAAGCGUGAAGGAGAAAGUGGCUCCUGAGGUGUCAGUGUCCCGCUAUGAUGCUCCAGAUGGUAGAAUCACCUUCAACUGCACAGCCACAGGCUUCUACCCUCAUUCUAUCCUGCUGCGUUGGGAGAAGGGGGGGCAGCUGGGUGUAUGGGGGCAAGAGAGCUCCACUGGAACCUUGCCCAAUGCUGAUACCACCUUCUACGUCCAAAUCACACUGGAACUUCCCCCUGGCAAUUCAGGGAUAGGUUAUACUUGUGUGGUAGAGCACAGUACUCUGAAGACACCAGCUGUGUAUCCUGUCCCUGAGAAGCCCACUGUGAUGAGGCCGUGGGUUGUGGCCCUAGGUGUCCUAAUAGUUAUCAUUCUGGUGUUGAGCUGUGUUGGGGCUUUCAUCAUGUGGAAGAAGAAGAAAGGUCAUGGAAUCCAUGAGCAUGCUACAGUGAAUGGUGAAAAGACCCUAUAAAGGGAGUUGGGACUUGUACAAUGAAGAAAGCCAUCAAUGGGGAAGAGCACUGAAGAGGCUCUAUGGGCACAUAUAUAAA